GAAAACCUACAAAAUCAAAUGAUCAAAUCGAGUACAUCGCAAAAGGCUGCUCUUUUCGCUCUACAGCUCCAAAAAUUCUCAGUUUUUUUGCUUUUGAUUUUGUUGUUUCUGUUUUCACUCGAUUACUCCACUGCAAAUUCAAAUCCGCCGGAGCUAUAAUUUCACUCAUAAUUGUAUUAUACGUACACUCUAAACCCGCAUCGCAGGGCGGCAGAUGAAUUCCACGGAUUCGAUAAAGCCAUUGUUGGCCGCCGCCGCCGGCGACACCGUGAAGCUCUUCGACCUCUCGUUGGAGCCUCGCGACACUUGCAUUCUCACCUACACGCCGUCUCCGGGCUCGCAAGUUAACUCCGUCAAGUGGAGCCACACCAAUUUGGUGGUGGCUAGUGCCGGAGACGACAAGAAGAUUUCCUUGUGGAGAAAGAAUGGGCAGACGCUGGGGACUAUUCCGGCAGCAGGCAGCGAUAGUGGUGAUAGUAUCGAGGAAUCCAUUUCUACCAUCAACUUUAACAACAAAGGAUCAAGAUAUCUUUGUUCUGGAGGAAGUGGUCAAGUUGUUAGAAUAUGGGAUUUGCAGCGGAAACGAUGCAUUAAAUGGUUGAAAGGUCAUAGUGAUACAAUAACUGGUGCAAUGUACAAUUGCAAAGAUGAGCACCUAGCUUCUAUCAGCUUUAAUGGGGAUCUUAUACUUCACAACCUUGCUUCUGGUGCUAGAGCUGCUGAACUCAAGGAUCCUAAUGAGCAGGUUCUGAGAGUGCUCGAUUAUUCUAGGAUUAGCAGACACUUGUUGGUUACAGCUGGUGACGAUGGAUCUAUCCACCUUUGGGAUACAACCGGUCGAAGCCCAAAGGUUUCUUGGUUAAAGCAGCAUUCUGCCCCAACUACUGGCAUUAGUUUUUCACCAUCCAAUGACAAGAUUAUUGCUAGCGUUGGUUUGGAUAAGAAGCUGUACACUUUUGACUCAGGAUCUAGACGGCCAGCAUUUUGCAUUCCUUAUGAAGCACCAUUUUCUUCACUUGCAUUUACAGAUGAUGGAUUAACACUGGCAGCUGGGACGAGUAGUGGGCGGGUUGUAUUUUAUGAUAUUCGUGGGAAACCACAACCUUUGACUGUUCAACGUGCUUUUGGAAAUUCUGAGGCUGUCACCAGUCUAUGCUGGCAAAGAUCAAAGCCUAUCAUUGUAAAUGAAAACAACUGCACCGCAGAGACAGCUCUUUUGGGCACCGCUGUGGAGGAUUCAAUUUUAAUGCCUGAUCCGCUUCCUGCUGUGACAUCAUCAAGCCUUUCAACGUCCACGACAGUAUCAGGUUCACGAAAUACUGGUCGUACAGGUCCUUCUGUGGACUCAUUAUCUUUUUUAUCAGGGGGUAGUGGAUCCACAUCAGGAACACGAUUUACAUCAGAGGAAACACCAAUUAGAAAUGAAUUGUGGAAAGGUGGAGCUUUGGGAAGAUUAAAUGCACCUCGUUAUAACUUCAAGGAUGAUAUGGAAGUGUUUUCCCCACUUGUUGAUGUUCAACCGAUUACACCCUCACUUGAUAAGUUGUGGGAUGAUCAUGACGCUUCAAAGAAGGACCAUGAGAAGAAAUCAUCGUUUUUAUUACCUUCUAGAAGGUUCCCUCUUCUAGAUGAAGGUGCUAGUGAAAACCUGUCAGUAUUUGAUUGGAAAUCUAGUACAGUAUCCAAGCAGGAUGACAUCCGCUCUUCUCUUUCACAAAUGGCUUCUACUCCUAGUGCAUCUUCCCGCAGUGAUGACUCUUCAUCCAUAACUCCUCCAGAAGCUUGGGGUGGUGAGAGAUUUUCUGAUAGGUUAGCUCACCUCCGUCAAUCCCGGUUUGCAAUGUCUACUUCCAGUAGCCUUGCAUCAGGAACAAUGUUCUCUGGAUUGCAAGAUACUUUUCCAGCAAGUCACAGCAUGAGCUCUCUAACCAGUUCCAGCCUGAGCUUGGAAAAUUUGCGUGUCAGAGAAACUUCAAACGAAGAAACUUCAUUGGGAUCCUCAGAUCAUGUUCCCUUAAGUUCCACAUCUCUUUCCCUUGGCACAAAAGGCUUAACUGGACAGGGUAGUCUGGACUCUCUUGGUACUGCAUUAGCCCUCCCUCGAAAAUUUUCCAGUUAUGCUGAGAGAAUAAGCACUACAUCAUCCUUCAGUGAUGGAACUUUGUCAGUUGGUUCACCCAAAACUAAGAAAACUGGGGCUGAAACUAGGGAAGAGCUUUUAAAUAGCUUGUUGUCAAGGUCUGAUACUGCAUCACCCAAAGCAACUGGUGCUUUCCAGUCAAUGAAUGGAGAUGUCAAGCAACCUAUGAAAAACAGUUCUCAGCCUGACUCACAGCAGGGAAGUUCAUUUACACUUCAAUUGUAUCAACGUACUCUUGAAGAAACACUUGCAUCAUUUCAGAAAUCCAUUCAUGAAGAUAUGAGGAAUCUUCACAUUGAAAUUUUAAGACAAUUUCAUAUGCAGGAGGUGGAAACGUCUAGCGUCAUGAAGUCGAUCCUGGAAAAUCAGGCCGAGCUUAUGAGAGAAAUUCAAUUACUUAGGAAAGAAACACAACAACUCCGCCAAUUAUUAUGAGGAGUAGAAAUAUUGUUCAGAGAUGUAUUUUCCUUUAGUAUCACUUAGCCAUUUGUGAUGGUGUUGUUGUAGGGUGUUUGAUUGGAUACACAAAUUUUAGCUAUUGAAGUCUUAUUGUUGUUUGUUUAUCCUUUUGGAUAAAAGAGAGAAGACAGAGGAAAGGGAUUUGAUAUUUUAACAUUGUGAUCUCCAGCAUGAUUGUGUACAGAGUUGUCUUGUGUCAAACCUUGUUUGAUGGUUAUGGACAGGCAAUCCACUUCAUAGUUUUUGCAAUGAUUACUGAACUUUUCUCCA